AUGUUAAAACUAAGCGGCAAGGAUUCUCGAAUGUUCGAACUUGUAGAACUAACUCAGAACUGCGAACUAAACAAGGCAAUGAGGACAGUUGAUGGUCGGUUGAACGGACUAGAUGCCUUAAGCGGCAAACUGCUUUGGACCAUCAAAGACGAACCCCGUGUUUCGCAGAAUAUAAGCAACUUAGAGUUUGUUUCAAAUGAUUCCUCAUUUAGAUUUAUACCUUCUGUUGAUGGAAGCCUGCACGCAGUAGAGGAAAUAAAACACAAUGACGCGUCUCGGAAGCCAAGCGAAGCCCGUGUCAAUGUGGUUUCCGUCUCACCAGACGAGUUACUCUCAUCGGGUUUUCGCCUAAAUCCAGACGAAGUUGUUGCCGGUGGUCGUUUCAGCUCAUUUUACUCCUUCGAUCCAAUGACUGGAAAUAUUUUAUACAAAUGUUCGUCGGGGGGAUGUACUAGCAACGCAAACAAAAGUACAAAUGCCGACGUGCCAAGCACUCGGCUGUUAGUUAAGCAGAUGCAUUACGAAUUUCGUGGAACCAGUCCUGUGUCGCAAGUCGAGCGCUGGGGCUAUCGCGUUCUUUCAGAUGAAAUACUGGUUGUGCCAACUCAUCAAUCCCUUCAAACGGUUAACGAUUUCGGCACUACAAAUGGUUUGCCGGCAGAAUCGGUCUUCCAGUUUGAUGACGGUCUUCCAGAAUUAGAAUUCCUGUUUAAUAUCAAAACCGGUUUGGUCUGUGCAUCCCACUUUUCAAACAACCCCGUUGAAUUUUGGCGAACUUCGCUUAAUUCCUCAAUCAUAAAGGCGUGGAUGUAUCGAGGCCAUGGCAAUGAACUUCAGCCUGUACAUGUCAUUCGAAGAGACUAUGCUGCUGUGAUUAGCUUCUUUGAAGGUCCGUUCAGUGGCUACAAACGACCUGGAAAGGAGACUCUUCACGUCGCCAAUUCCAACGCUCUCCAAGUCGUGCGCCCCCUUAAGUUAGACGCGGACAGUCAGCUUGUUUACCUCGGUAACCACGACGGUCAACUUUAUAUUCAGUCUGAAGGACCCACUUGUCGAGGCUCGGUUGUCAACGCGAAGUGGUUGUCCGUUUUCGAUUACGCAAGCAAGGACUACAAGCCAGUCGAAAAACCCUCACCCAACUACAUAGGCUUCUACUUCACGACCGCAGACUCAACUUCAACGACUCCCACUACUACAACCACCACCAUUACGAAUCGGGUGCCGAAAAACCUGCUUGAGGCUUGCUGGAAUGGUAACUGUAAGGGUCCGCGUCGGUCUGGUGUGAACGGUGGUGAAGUGACUCCAGCGCAUCUCAACAGGGAUGGGCGAGAUAGUUACCGAGACAUCUUCAUAAACAUGGCGCACGCGUCGCCUUUCGAAAGUGACUCUCUCGGCCACUUCCAGCAGAUUGUGGUUGGUUAUCACAUCCUGACUUGGUGUCCCCAGUUCCUCGCUCUACUGGUUUUACUCAUGACUUUAGUUCAGUCGAUCUGGUGCGUGAAGAGGCGUGGAAACAUCAGACGACGUCGACGACCCUCGGCUCUUCCUUCCACACCUUCAAAGCCCGAGGAACCAGUCUCUGUCGCGACACCGGACCUGUCUACCCCACUGCCUGUUAAUGCUACCCCGCCGGAGUUUGUUUCUACGUUCGAAAGUGAAUUCAAAUUCAUCGACGUCAUUGGCAGCGGUGGUUUUGGUCGAGUGUUUGAGGUGGAAAAUCGCUUCGACGGACAUCGGUAUGCAGUCAAGCGAAUACGUCUUCGAGCUGGGGAUGAAUCGCAAAAGAAGUUCCUCCGUGAGGUCACUACCAUGGCCGACCUAGAUCACCCGGGCAUCGCGCGGUAUCACCGUGCGUGGGUUGAGUGUCCGCCUGAGGGCUGGCAGGAGGCAAGAGACAUCAGCCUCUUCGCUGACUUCGCUGAUGAUUCGUUGGACGACACUACCUCCAGCAAGUUCUCCACUGAGGUCGGUCGUUUUGGCGACUCCUCCAAUCCCCUUCUUCCUCGGCUUCUAAGCAGGUGUCGCUUAUUUGCUCAAAUUCCCGCAAUGCUGACAAGUCAACCGACUUUAACGAACAUCGUUUCAACUUCCAACUUGCCGUCGCUCACAGUCAAGACGUCUUGGAAAGCACGAGCAGCCUUCGUGGGCCCGCUUUCUAAUCAGAAUUGGAUUUUCAGAUGUUUUUUUCCGUUUUCUACCUCAAUGUGUGAUUCCCUGCGCGGUCCGCAGCCCAUCUGUUCAAUCUCCUUCCACGGUGGUACCGACACCAACCAUCAGCUGACAGACAGCGAGACGUCGGCUAGCAGCGUUGCGACGGUUUCCAAGUUGCCCGGCCCAGCGGUCUGCUACAUGUACAUCCAAAUGCAGCUGUACUCGCGUCACAGCCUUCGCGAUUGGCUCUGGAGCCACAGGACGGUUGAGUCGCGUCAGCCCCGCACCACCGUCUACGACAUGUUCUGCCAGAUUGUCGAUGCCGUGGCUUACCUCCACGACCUCGGCUACAUCCACCGCGACCUCAAACCCUCCAACAUCCUCUUCGACGCCAGGUCCAACGUGAAGCUCGCCGACUUCGGUCUGGUCACCACGAGCUACACGUCCGGCGAUGGCAACAAUGUCGACGCUGCACGCGGGUUCGACGAUGGAUUGAUUGAAUUCCUGCCGCGCACAAAUGGCUUCACCUCGUCGUCAGCGUCGUCGACUCCACAAGGUGACGAAGGCGUCUCGGUGUUGCAUCAGAAGGCGAAGGAAGGCCACACGCGCCAAGUCGGAACGGAUCUCUACAUGAGUCCUGAACAGGUUGGUGGUUCCACUUUGGCGUCCAGUCGGACGUACGACGAAAAAGUCGACAUCUUCUCACUCGGUCUCAUCUUCUUCGAGUUGACGUUGCCGUUUUCGACGGAAAUGGAGCGGAUUGAGGCCCUGACUGCCGCCCGAUCGCAGAACCUUCCAACCGCCUACACGAUGGCGUUCCCUGCCGAGGCGGCCCUCUGUCGUCGAAUGCUCGCGCGGUCGCCUUGUGAACGUCCUUCAGCGAACGAGAUCAAACUGGAUCGUCUGUUCGCCCGGUAG